AUGCGGCCAAUUAUACUGGUUAUUCCAGGACAGUUCGCUCGUCCGGGUCAGCAGGAGUGCUCGGGUGCCCGGAUGCAGCUACUAUCGGACAACAAGCGCCACACGUGCACUGACGUCACCGCCUCCAAGUUCAUGAUCUCAUACACGUGCGCCUCGCUCAUCAAGGACCAACCACAGGCGUUGAUCAAAUACUGUCCCGUGGAGGUGUGCAUGGCGAACGGCACGUGGUCCGAGCCCUCCAUCUCAUGCGCACUCUCCGAAUGUUACAACGCGGGCAGGUCACGUGAGUACAAGGGGAGACGCACGUGCACCAAGAGCGGCAGACCGUGUCAGCGAUGGGACGCGCAGGAGCCAAACAGACACCGAUUUAGAGACGCCGUCAUGUUUCCGGAAGCCUCUAUGUUUCUCGCCGACAACUUCUGCCGGGACCCAGACGACAGUAGGGGCGCUCCGUGGUGCUUCACUGAGGAUCUCGACCGGACAUGGGAGUAUUGUGACGUCACAGAGUGUGGCAGUAUCCCGGUGUUCAACGGCUUUUGUGGUUAUGUCCCUACACCGGAAGAGAGUGUGACUGAGGUUACAGAGACGGUAGAAGAGGAAGUAGGAACAACAACGGCCACAACUGACACCUGUUCAAAUGAUAUCGAGUUUAAGAUUGUAAAAGAGCAUAAGAUCAAUGGAAAGGCUUUCAAAAGUUUACAGCUACGAAGUAUUGUAGAAUGUUCAUCGAAAUGCGCGCAAGAAAGCUUGUGUCGUGGUUUUAGUUUCAGCUCUUUAGACGGCGUAUGCUUAUUGCAUGACAGUUAUCAAGAUAUUGUGCGGAGCGGCGGUUAUCGAGCUGGAAUGAAAAUGUGCCUAUGAGACAAUGUAUACUUAGUCAGUUGAAAAAAAACAAGCUUUUUUCUACCUGUCUGUUUUGUUAA